AUGAAUCAAAGCCCGUGCGGUCGUGUCGAAGCCCCCGUCCUGUGGUUGCUCUGUUUAGCAAAUCCCUCUGCAAGGGGUCGAGGUCUGAGCGGGCUGAAGCAUCUGUGCAGGAUCAGGCCCUGGCUGCGCAACCCCCCACCCCGGGCUGGCGGCGGGGGGGGGGGGGCCCAGGGCAGGCGCUGGGCGAUGCGGGUUUGCUCCCGCCCUGGUUUCUUGCGGGAAGGGCAGCUUUGGGAAGCAAACCCGGCGUUCCUUCACCCCGUCGCCCUCCUCCUGCUCUGCAGCCCUACAGCGAGCCCCCCGGCCUGGCCCCGGGGGGAACGGGCGCAGAGUUUUGCCGUCGUCGAGUCGGCGGGCGGUGGGGUGUCCCAGAGCCCUGUGUACCGCUGCUCCUUGUCCCAGGCGAGAGGGUUUACGGUCCUUCCCGCGGCCCUGACGGGAAGGACAGACAGCCAGUUCCAGCCCGGACCUCCCCGGGGCUGCUCUGCGAGCAGGGUAGGGGGGGUUCUUGCCGUCCGUUGCCUCUCUCAAGGCUUUGGCUCCCUUUCAUUCCCGAGCGGGCUGCAAGGCCACGAGUGUUUUGUCCCAGCGUUCAGGCCAGGCCUGACCUCGCCAACAUCCCCCCCCACACCCCCCCACACCCCCCCACACCCUCCACGUCGUCCUUUUUGGACCCAAGGGCUGGUGCAGGAGCGGUGCCCCCUCCGACAGCGGCUUUGGGCUCGUACCCGGUGCUCCGAGCAGCCGGGGGGAUGCGCCAGCUCGUGCAGAGCCCCCGGCCAGCUUCGACCCAUCCAACAUCGGGCAAUGGUACCCUUUCUGCUCCCCCCACACCCCACACCCCCCCUUUCCCCCCGAGCCAGCGUGGGCAUGUCUCGUGCACCCCGCGAGGACAGCCUGGAGCGAGUGGCGUGCCCCCUUUUUAGCCAGGGAGGCACUGAGCUUGCAAAGCACGUGCUUUAAUCCAGGAAAGCACUUAAGCAUGCGCUUAGCUUCAGCCACAUCCCUGAGUGUUUUGCUGGAUCUCAGCCCAAGGAGCUGCUUUGCAGAUGGGCUGAGCAGCCUCAACCUCCCCGUGGGCUGGGGAGCACGGGGGGGAUGGGGGGUCCCCGUACCCCCACCGCGAAGCCAACCCUUGUCCCGCUCCCCUUCCCAAAGCAGCGGGAAGGUGGGGGAUGCUUCUGCUCUGUUGCCUUUCAAAGAAGCAUUUUAAAAUAAGAUUUUUUUUUGUUGUUGUUGUUGUUUGUUUGUUUGUUUUUAACCAAAAAGGAGAAGAAAAAAAAAAAAAAAAAAAAAAAAAAGAAAAGUUUGAGUUGAUGGGUAUUAAGAAAAAGUUAAUAAUAAUAAACAUUCAAAUUUAUUUCAUAUAAUCCUAGAGUAAAGAUUAAAAUAAAAUUAACUAGUUCAAAUAGUAGAUGCUAUCCAUAUUGUUUAAUCUAUAGUAGAUCCAAGUGAUCCCAGACAGAGCAGAAUGUAAAAUAAACUUGUAAACAAGAUCAGCUAUCAUUUUUAACUUCCCCAGAAAUUCCAUCUUUUUUUGGUACUAUUUUUCUGAAGCAAACAAAUAAACGAACGAAAGCCUAACAAAAUAACAGACCACCGACUGGUACCUUCUGUCAAUCAAAGUCCUGAAGUUAUUUUUAUAGAGGGGAAAAAAAAAAAAAAUGGGAUCUAAUAAUAUGUAUUUUUUUAAAAAGAUGCGUUUGGGUUUUUAUGUUGCUUUUUUAAUAAAACUAUAAAAGAUUUGGCUAGUCACUGAACAAAAUAAGAAAGUUUUAGGCCAUUAUUUUUGCCUUAUUCUGACCUCCAGCCUUGGGCUUGGCGCAUGAAAUUUCAGAAAAAGAAACGUUAAAAGUUACUUUUCUUGUGCUGUUCUUGCUUUUUGAACUCCUCCAAGCACCGAAGGUGUUGGAAGGUCCCGGUGGUGGGCGGGUGGGACCGUUCCUGGGUGGGAAGGCGAAGGAAAGAAAAAUUGGAUGAACUCCCCUCUGUAACGUGACGGACAGAGCUCGAAGGCAGCGAGGUGCUGGUGCGAAGGCACGGGGCUCUCCUGGCGUGGCCGCUGCGGGGCCGUGAAUUAGGCUUUCUGCCCUCGGAGCCGGGCAGUAGACACAAGACAUUAGGGUUGGUUUGUUCCCCCCCUUUUUUUUUUUUCUUUUUUUUCCUCUUUUUUUUUUUUUUUUUUGUUUUAUCUUUUGUUGGUUAUAUCUCGACCCAGUGAGGAAGCAUUGCACCAGGGAGACGAUGUGCGCCUUUGGGAUGAGCUCGCUUGUUCAGCAGCUGGCAUCUUUCGGGAUGCCAGAUUUGGCUUGUUGGGUGUUUUGGUUUUUUUUUUUUUUCCUGUGCCAGAUGCUCCCUUAAGGGAGCUGUUGCUCAGCCUCAAAUCAUCGGGUUCGAGCGCUGGAGCUGCGGGUGAAACGUUUGCAGAAAGCGCUUUGCUUCCCGACAGCCGGCCCCGCGCCGUCCUGCUCUCGGGAGGGUGACAGCCUUGGCGACCGCCUGGUUUUCGGCUCCGAAAGCGAAGGGAGGAGGCUGGAGGUUGCUCUGCGUCGGGCUCUGUGACAAGACGCCCGAGUCCUGGCCGCGCCCGGAGCCGGGAGCGAACGGCUCCCCGGACCGGCGUGCGGGUGGAAAGGCUGGACGGCGGGUCCGUUCGCGCGGCGGGGAGCUUUUCUGCCGACGGCAGAUGCGCUUGGGACGGUUCGGGGCAGGAUUCGCCCCACGCACCCGGCCAGCUGGUUAAACCCUGGUCCUUAACGUUUCAAGAGCCAGGCCAGCGCUUUUCUCCAGAGCGUCGGCGACUGCUUUUCGCUGCACCAAAAUCACCGUUUACGCGAUAGAACUCGAAAACAAAUGACCUAGCGUCAACUCCGUUAUUAUUAGAGAAGCAGAGUGUUGCAAAGAAAACACUCUUGAAAGGUGGUUACCUCUGGGUUUAGCUUUUGCUCCUAUCCUCUGUGUCGUGGCUCGGCCGUCGCAAACCCAGGGGGGUCCUGCAGUUCAGGAGCAUCCACAAGGAUCCCAAAGCCUUCGAGAAACGCAGCGGCUGCCCCUCGUCGCUCCCUCGCCCGCGGACGGCACGCCUGCUUCUGGGGUGGGACGAGGCAGCCGCUUACCAGCAUUCAUUCAGCAAAGCCAUGCAAUAGGUUAGGACAGGAAGCGAAGACAGUUCUCAUUCGGUUUCUGCGUAUAGCACUGUGAAUCAGAGAUCACUCCACGGGACUCUCCCCGGCACGCCCCGGGGGGGUGGUUUCGGAAAGCAGGGCACGACGGCUCCCGCGCUUUCGGAGGGGUUCGUGCUUGGUGGAAUCAAGCGCCUGGUCCUUCUCUGCAGGGGCGGCAAGGCGGCCUGUUUGCUCUUUCAUUUUUGUUUUACCUCAUUUUUUGGUUUUGAUACUUGAAGAAGAGUCAGUGAUUGACGUUGUACAGUGAUGCCCUGGACUGGAGAGUGGAUGCACUUUAUAGUAACUUGUAUACUGAUAGUGGGGUCCCAUCCUGCCUCUGCCGAGCCCGCAGUGAGGUUUCCUUGGUGUCAGCACCGGCAGGAGCAGAGCCAGGAUGGGCUGGUUCUUCCGAAAACCUUUCUAGGAUGUUAGGGAGCAAUCUCUGUAUUUUACUGUGGGUUCUCACAUACUGUAGAAAUUCGAAGUCACGUUCUGCUGUCAGUUGACCCGGUGGAAAAUUCAGCCAUAACUGCGCUGGGCUGACUUCAGUUUUGCCUGUGCCGUGAUGGCUGGAGGUGGUGCAGGUUGGGCAGCUCCUGCUUUUACUCCCGUGUAACUCCCCCGUUUCAACGGGGUUACUCUACUGGAAUCUGAAGUCGCUUCAGCCCUGGCAGGAUGUGGUGUUACCGCUGGAUCCACUCCAGCGUCGCUUCGGGGCUGCUAACAGAGCAAAUUGAAAGUCACCCCCAGUAAAGUGACACUAAUGUAAAAUCUGGAGUUGUUCCACUGGUGUUUGUGCAGGAAUAAAAAAAAAAUGAAGUCACCCUCCAACGGUGGCACCAGUGUACCAGGCAGCUGAUGGCAGAAUGUGUUUUCUGGUCUUGCGAUGAUGCUUUUGAAACAACUUGCAGAGAAACAGAGCGGCAAGACAGAGCAGCGCUUCGUGGCCGCGGAGAUCUUCUCUCAGCUCCCAGGAGCUGGGAUGGAGACACGGUCGCAGGCUGCUUUGCUUGUCUGUGAAACCAUCAAACCAUCAGCACUUUUUUUUUUUUUUUCCCCUUAUGGAUUCUGUUCAAGAUAAUCUUUGAAAAAGGGGAUAAAAAAAAAAAAAAAAAAAAAAAAAAAAGAUCAGGGACCAGAUCCUGUUUUGCAAUUGAGGAUUUGCUCCCGGGUUAAACGCAGUGUUAAGCAAACACGAAAGGCGGUGGGCGUGAGUGCUGAUGAAGCCCAAACUAGCAGGUCUGUUUGAGCCACAGCCGCUGCGGAGCCCACUCACGCUGCCGUGCCGUGGAGCCCAGGCUGAUCCCAGCCCCAGGCGAGCCAGGGAAAUCCCCAGGGAUGCCCAGAGCAGCCCCUGGGCACCAUCGGGAGCCUUUGGGGCUGCAGAGUGUUUUCUCUGGCUCUGCCCCGGUAUCAAAGAGAUCCAGGCUCCGAGUUGCUGCCGUUGGGACUCUAGCAAAGCAGCUCUGGUGGGAUUUCCCAUGUAAGACACGAGCUAAAACAAAACCCAAGCCUCUGGGGACCAUCAGCAGCCGAUCUCGGUGAUACCCACGCAGCAGCCGUGGCUUCCAGGGGAGCGCAGCCCUCCGCCAGCCCUUCAUGGCUUUUGCUUGACCAGUACCAUGUUAGCUUUCUCUCAUCCUCGCUCAGAAACGCUGUACAAGUUUGUGUGUAUCCGCUUUCCCCCGGAUCCGGGUGCUAUCACACAGUCCUACUCCACGGUACUACCAACCUCGCGCUGAGCCAGCCAGCCACAGAGUUGCCCGGUGUUAGCCUGGCCGUCCUGACUGUGUGGCCCUUCCAUUUAAAGUCCAUUCCCUAUUAUGUUGUGUUUGAUUUUUUUUUUUUUUUUUUUCUCUUUUCUUUUAACGUCAUAGGAAACCUGUAGUCGGGAUUGUUACUAUUGGAAACCGAUCACAUGUUCCAUCCAGGUAUUUUCAUCUCUCUGGCAUUACGCAAAAAUAAAGGCCUGAGAGAGAGAUAUAAACGAACAUAGAAGUAGAGUUAGGCUCGUUGUCUGAGUUUUGAGGCAUAUAGUAUAAGGGGAGAAGGAAAAAAAUUAAAAUAAAAUAAAAAAUUAAAAUAAUGAUGUUGCACAACUUGUAGAAAACAAAGAAGGGAAAGGGUUAAUGUAUUAAAUGUGCUAAAUUACAUUAAGAACUUAAUUUUAUUAAAGUAUUAUUACUUAAGAAA